AUGCAGUUCUCAGCUAUCAUCUCCAUGGGACUUUUCGCUGUUGCCCUAGCUCAGACAUCUACACCAACACCCUCUGGCCCGCCCGAUCUCACCACGUGCCAGGAAGAGGCUGGACCCUACGCCGAUGCCUGUCCCAAGUGCAACUCCAAGUGCGAGAACUCGUCUGCAAAGAGCGAAUGCUUCAACAGUCUCUUCACGGCUGUCAACUAUGUCGAAUCCCAGUGCUGGCAACACGGAGGCAGCAACUGCAAGAGCGUAGCCGUCAACCAAGUUUGUGGCCAGUGA